CUCCCCCAGAACUACCCUUUUCUAUACUCCGUAGUAGCCCCUCCCCAUGUUGCUACGAUCCCAAAAGCGGCUUAUCCGGAAGGACCCUCUUUGGUCGCGAAUCCAAGCAUACCCGUUCGAUCUCUUCUUAUGGGCUAACGAAUAUAUAAUGUCUACCUCGUGGGAUGAUAAAUCCCUAGGAAUGUACCUCACGGGUUACGGACUUUCGGCACUUUACCUUGUGGCGCUUGUAGUGAACAAUUCCUUACAAUCUUCCAACAAACGCCGAGAGAACCCACUUUUCCAAACUAACCAAAUCAACUACGGACGCAUCCGAGCCCGGGCAAACGGCGGAGACCCAUUCAAUGUCUCUAAAUCUAGAUUCGGGUACGAUUCACAUUCAUCCGUCUUCUUGAACUUGGCCCGUGUUGUACUCUUUCUCUUGCCAAUACUUUCCAUUGUGAAUGUUGUGUAUCUUUUCACCUCGUACAAGAACUAUACUCUCAUGUAUGCUGACAUAUCAACUAAACCCAAUACCCCAUCAAUAAACAAGACCACUGUCACCAAUGAUGUUUCAGAAAAGUCUAUCUGGAGUAAGUUAAUCAAAAUGCUUUAUCGUCAAGCCAGUCGGAGGAGACUGAAGGAGGAAGAAGCCGAGGCCAUAGCUGAUUAUGACGACACUGACGUCACUGAAGAACCUGGUCAAUUUUAUAAUCCUGGGGGACAAUCCGACAAAGUUGGCACCAACGAUACAGGUACAGAAGUUUUCAGUGACUCAGACCUGGAGUCAGACUACAACGACACAACAAUUGACGAAAUUAACUUGGUUAAAAGAGAUAUGUGGGAGCUCACUGUGUGGAUUCCUUCCAAAUUUAACCUUGCAGCUUUGUCUAGUUGUUCUCCAGUUAUUCUUUUAUUUUUGUACCUCGUUGUCAAUGAACUAACAUAUUGGAAAAUCGUUUUAAUUGCAGUGUCAAUAAACGUUAUCAUUAGUUCAGUGGUGUACCGAUUCCUCGUUCUAUUACAAGAUAGACAGUUGUUAUACAAGGAAAUGUUUGCUGAGUAUACCAAAAAGUAUGUUAAACCCAUGUCAUCUGUAUUGAAGAGAGAAGUCAUGAUAGAUGCAACCUUGGGGCCACAAGCACCCACUGAGAUUACGGUUCAAACAGAAUCGCGAGCUCAUUUACUCACGGGAAAACUGAAAGUGUUCAUUACUCAUGACAUUCAAGGGAAAUCCUAUAAUGAGAUGUCAAUUGCCCAAAGACGUAAAUUAAGAUCCAGAGAAUUUAAUAAUAUGGAUAUGUCAUAUGGUCCAGAUACUGAUGAAUCGGUAAGAUAUACCCCUCGGUUAGCAUCAAAUUACUUGAGCUUGAGCCACCAGCAAUAUCAGCAACCACUUGAAUCUCCAUUUAAAUCACCAGAAGGAAGAAAUGGUAGGGAUACACGUAGUGCCCGCGACUCUUCAAUCUAUACACAAUCUACUCCAUAUAGAAGGGACUCUACGAGAAGAUUCCAAGACACUAGUCUUGUCUACGAACCAAACUAUCAACAAAGGAUCCCAUCACCUCAAAGAAUCUCAUCACCUCAAAGAAGGUCAUCUCCACAGAGAAUGUCAUCUCCACAGAGAAUGUCAUCUCCACAGAGAAUGUCAACCCCACAUAGAAUGUCAUCGCCACAGAGAAUGUCAUCCCCACAAAGAAUACCAUCUCCACAAAGGGUGGGAAGGGAUUUCCAAUCACCACAACCAGGUUAUACCCGGCCAACACAAAGAACACCGAUACAGAGGACACCUGGUCAAAGAACCAUACUUCAAAGAACUCCACUUUCUUCUAGAAGACCCAGCAUACCACAAAUCCCAAGAUCACCCAGCCCUACUAAGCGUAGUAUAAUGUAAGCCAUAUAUAUAUAUACAUAAAUAAAAAUAAAAAUAAUACAAACAUACAAUCAAUCUUUACAUUAUGGUGUUAUCUAAUUAAAUUAUUUCUAAA